AUUGAAAACGAAGAUCAGUUCAAGUAUUCAUUUUCACAUCUGAGGUUCAAAUUGUAUCGCUUAACAUGAAUUGUCGUCUUAUCGGUUCAAUAUUAUUCUUUAUUAUAUUGGGUCUACUAAGAAAUGUAUAUGGAUUUUCCAGUUAUAAAUGGGUUUCUCUAAAAUCUGGGGAUUCACUCCCUGAAAAUAUCGUUUCUAUUCCACGUUCAGAAGACAGAUACGUUGGAAGAGCUAGACAUUUUGAUGAAAUUCUUCCAGCCGAAAUCACUUCUAACGGAAUGGCAUUCAUAUCAUCGUGCCACAAGGAAAUACAUAAAGAAAAGUUCGAGAUUCUUACAACAACAGACGAAUGUGAUUGGAAACCAUACAACGAUUAUCAAAAUUUAGAAGAAACCAUUCUACGUGUUGGAACCGCUUGGAAUGGUGAACCCAUUCAUGUUGGACAAUCAGGCGAGCGUUCUAAUACUUACCAUAUUGCUUCGAUUUAUUUAACUAAAAAUGAACCAUAUACAUGGACAACGGAUCAAAAUGAUUAUUAUUACUCUCCAAAUUGGCACUAUCUGAGUUGUAAUGUCAAAAACAAGUGGAUUGAUACUUCGGCAAGGAAUUUACCAAACAACUCAGUUUCUGGUGGAAAAUCUGAAGAUGAUUAUGAAAUUUAUGUUGCUCGAUUAAAAAGGGGUUGUGAUGUUGUUACGGGGCAAGCAAUUCCUGAUAUUGGAACAGCAACAGCAUUUUUAAACGAUAAUCGUCCUAUUGAGGCUGCUUAUUGUCAAGUUCUUGUUGGUGAACCAAACGAAUAUGCUUGGGUUUCAGCUAGUGAUGGAGAAAUUCCUGAUUAUGCUGUUUCCCAUGGGCAAAAUGGACCCGAAUUGUCGUAUGUUGCGAGAUUCAAUAAGACUAUAGGUCAUUUGACACAUUAUGAAGGCCUUUAUCAGAAAUUGGAUUACGAAAUUUUGGUAAUGAAUCAGUUGUGAUGAUAAUAAUUAUAAUUAUCAAAAAAAAUUA